AUGUCUGCUGAAGCGCUGGCAAACGUCCCUAUGCUGAAGUCGUAUGAUUUGCGAAUGCGGUGUUACCGCUUUCCGAUUUCAGAUGAACAACACAAUGCUCCAACUCCUGGGUCCACUCAACAGGAAAGUAUUACUUUCGGCUUUAUGGCGAUAAGAAGCUCAAAAAGUGCUUACUUAAAUGCUCAAGAACGGCUUUCAAACGUUGUGAAGACAAAACAUAUUCUGAUGGUGCAAGCCUGCACUCCACGUGAAUUAACAAUAAACGUAUAUCUUGGUAGUAUUUUCAUUGGUAUUCUGCAAACACGUAUAUCUCGUCUGCGUGAAAGAAAAAGAAGUCUUGAACCAAAUAAUUAA